UUUUUUUUUACUUCUCUUUCUUAUUUUUUUUCCUUCAUAGUGAAUUGUUCUACCUAAAAUUUAUCACUUCUUCCAAAAUAAAAUAUUUGAUCAUCAUUGCAGAAAUGAGUUGUUGUGAAAGAUUAAGUAAAUGGUAUAUAAUCACAGUAAACUUUUUAAUUGCAUGUUUUGGUUGUGGAUUGAUGGCGUUUGGCUUGAUGAGUAGUCAAUUGAAAUUUAAUGAUGCGAUCCUAUUCCCGGUGAAUAUCAUAAAAAUGAUUAAUAUCUUGGGUGUAUUGAUUUUAUUUACAGCUGUGAUUGGAACCAUUGGUGCAUUUUACCGAGAACGAAAAACAAUUCAUAUCAUCUACCUUGUAAUAGCCAUUAUUGCUUUUGGAUUUCAAAUGAUUACUGCAGUUGUGAUUUAUCAAUUAACUGCCAACGCUAAAACGUGGUUAAGUGUCACUUGGGCAGAGGCAACAAAGGAUUAUCGUGAAUAUGCUCAAAACAAGUUCUCAUGUUGUGGAUAUGCUAACUCACUUGAUCAUCCGGUAGUCAAUCAAUUCUGUUCAGCAACAGAUACUAAAAAUAAUCUUCCACCAUGUUUCGAUCCACUAGUUCAUUUCAUCAGACAUGAACUAAAGAAUGUAUAUAUCGUUUUAUUUGCUGCACUCAGUGUAGAGAUAUUGGCCAUUUGUAAUGGUAUCACUCUGUUAUGUACAAGAACAAUAGAUAUUCCAGAAUCAAUUGAACUACAGAAACGUAAAGUAAGUUCUGCAACGUUGAUUGAUUCAGCCAUUGAUCAAUCUUUGGAUAUUACUGGUACUAAAUAUCAUCACUCAUAUAUUAAUCAUGCAAAUUAAUCAUAUAAUUUUUCUUUUAAUAUCUAAUAAAAUUAAAUUAAGUGUAUCAACAAAAAAAAAUACGAAAACAUUAAUUGAUAGUUUAUGUGUUCAUCAUAAAAAAAA